AUGACAACCUAUGUGGAACUGAGCACAAAAGCAAAGAUGCUUAUCCUGGGACUAGGAAACUGGCAGUCCCCCAUUGGGAAAGUGAGAGAGGCAGUGAAGUUUGCCAUUGAUGUUGGAUACUGCCAGUUUGACUGUGCCUAUGUGUACCAGAAUGAACAUGAAAUAGGGAAUGCGAUCCAAGAGAAAAUUGAGGAGGGAGUUGUGACACGGGAGGACCUCUUUGUUGUCAGUAAGGGUAAGCUAUGGUGCACAUUUCAUGAGAAAUCCAUGGUGAAGGGAGCAUGCCAGAAUACGCUUGCUGCACUGAAAUUGGAUUAUUUGGACCUCUACCUGAUGCACUGGCCCAUGGGAUUCAAGGCCAGAGAAGAACUGUUUCCUGCAGAUGAGAACAGCAUGAUCAUUCCAAGUGACACAGAUUUUCUGGACACAUGGGAGGCUAUGGAAAAGCUGGUGGAUGCAGGAUUGGCAAAAUCCAAUGGAAUCUCCAACUUUAACUGUGAACAGAUAAAGAGGCUCUUGAACAAACCUGAUUUAAAAUACAAACCAGUGAAUAACCAGCUCGAGAGCCACCCAUACCUUCCUCAGGAAGAGCUGGUUAAGUAUUGCCAGUCCCAAGGGAUUGCUGUCACUGCAUACUGUCCCCUUGGAGCUCCUAACUGGCGUUGGCCCAAGUCUGAGGACUUUUUCCUCUUGAAGAUUAGGGAAAUUGCAGCUAAGUAUAGCAAAACCUCAGCUCAGGUUCUGAUCCAGUUCCACAUCCAAAGAAAUGUGAGUGUAAUUCCCAAGUCUGUCACUCCACAUCGCAUUGAGGAGAAUUUUAAGGUGUUUGACUUUGAAAUAACUAAAGAGGAGAUGGAAACCAUCCUCCGCUAUAAGAGGAGAUGUAGAAUCUGCCCCAUAAGCAUGUGCACAAAUCACAAGGACUAUACUUUCAGAGAAGAUUAAACCGGGCAUUGUCUUGACAUUCUUCAGGGCUUAGAAUGAUUGUAUUCUGCUGAUCCUUUAGUCUGGUUAGCUGAACUGAUGAGCAUGUUCAUGUGCACUAUACAAUUAUGGCACCAUUUAAUCACCAGUGUAAAUGUAUUAUGUAUUGCCUGCUGGCAGAGGAGAUACAGAAAGCUUGAAGGAUAAAGCCUGAAGACAGUCCAAUUUGCUGCCC